AUGUCUGGUUACGGACCAAUUGUCGCAGCUACAGCUGCAGUUCUUAUUGCCGUCGUCUUUUAUGGAGUACCGCUCUUCCUCAAGGAGUACUUCCCCUAUUGGAGCCUUCAAGCCCAGCGCGAUGCUAAACCCACUGUGAAAACGGAAUCAUACAAGGGAAGAACGGCCUUAGUCACUGGUGCCAACGGUGCAUUCGGCUCUCGAGCCGCCAAAAUCUUUGCUAGUCGCGAUGUCGAGACUUUGGUUCUGGUCGAUGUUAGGGAUUGUUCAGCUCUCAAGGAAGAAAUCGAAGAGGAAGCCCGCGCAUUGAACAAGGCUCCACCCAAUAUUCUGGUUUGGCAAGUUGAUUUGAUGUCUUACGCCGCGUGCCAGGAAUUAGGAAGAAAGGCGAAGGAAUUGAAGAACCUGGAUCACGUUUUGAGUACGGCUGGUAUCUUGUCAUUCAAUCGUCGCGAGUCUCCAGAAGGCUGGGAAACUACUAUACAUGUCAACUAUAUAGCCAAUGCGCUUCUCGGACUACUUCUUCUCCCGGUUCUCAAAUCGUCUCCUGGAAAUCCGAACCCUCCAGUCCUGACAUUCGUCACGACCUUUGGCAUUUACCCAUCUUCAUUCACUAUGGGAAUUCCUAAGACUGGAUCAUAUCUUAAGAAACUAAGCAACAACAAGGACGGACUCGAGCAAGGACACCAGUAUGGUCGCUCUAAAGCCCUUCUUCUCUACUUUGCCCGCGAGCUAGCUACCCGUGCUUCUGCUUCGGCCAAAGGCAAAGGGAUGCGAAAGGUCACUAUCAAUAGCGCCGACCCAGGCUCUGCAUGGACUGGUCUUACAAAUCCUAACAAGGAAAAGCUUAUUCCAAGAUUGAUCAUGAACUUGGGAGCAAGAGAUCCCCAGAUUUGCGCUACUGCUUUGGUCAAUGGUGCCUCGUCUCCAGAGGAUGCCCACGGAAAAAUCAUGAUGGAUUUCACUACUGCAUCGUACCCUCCUUUCAUGGAAAGGAACAGCGGCCAAGUCGCACAAAAACGUGUUUGGGAUGAGACCCGGGCUGUCCUUGAAGAAAAGGUCCCAGAAGUUAAGGCAAUCUACGAUCUGCUAGAUGCGCAGUAG